AUGAAGAAUGUGAGGGCGAGGCCGCGGCGGAUCCCGGCGUUCGGGGAGUGGAACUACUACGACCACGGCGGGUACGGGUACGGCUACGCCGGCGGCGGCGACUGGCCGGUCACCCAGUACUUCGAGUCCGCCAUGCAGGCCGGCGGCGGCAUGGUCAUUGCUCUGCCAGCCUCGCCGCCCAAGCCGGCCAAAAAGGCGGUAACGUGGAGCAGCGCAACAAUGGAGAUGGCCGACGAGGAGGAGCAGAGGAGGCAGAGGCAGAAGGUGGUGGUGGGGAUGCAGGAGCAGCACGCGACGAAGAAGAAGACUGGCGCCGGGGCCCCCGCUAUGUCGUCCGCAGAAUACCAGACGACGCGCAGGGCGGUCAAAGCCGUGGACGAGGACCUCUACGUGAUCCCGCCCGACAUGCUCUGCCACAAGCCAAGGAAGCGGCUGCCGAAAAGCCUGUGGAUCGGCGGGUGCCUGGGCCUCAGCUGCGUCGCGUAG